GUUGCGCACGACCGGAGCAUGGAGAGCAAUUGCUUGCAGGUUGUGUCGCAACGUGCGGCGGGCCACUCGCUACCUCUAGCCCUAGAGGGGCAAUGGGCGACGCGACUCUUCACUAGCCAACGGCUCCGCGAGACGACCUGCGCUGCAGUGUUUAAUCUCCGCGGUUCAGCUAGCGGAACUUCUUGAGCACAAAUUACAAGGCGUACUAGAAACUAGGCCAAGCCCUCUCGUCAAUCGCUGGUCUCCGCCCCCCUCCCGCUCCUCCCCAGCUCGGCCUGCUCCGCCUCCGCAUGUCAAUCCAUGGGCUGAUACUCGAAGUCAGAGUGACCGGGUGCCGGAAGCUGCGGGACACGGAGUUCUUCUCGCGGCAGGACCCCUACGUCGUCCUCGAGUACGCCACCACCAAGCUCCGCACCCGCACCUGCACCGAUGGGGGAAGAAACCCGACUUUCGAUGAGAAAUUUCACAUACCCCUCAUUGAAGGGCUCCGUGAGCUGGAUGUUUAUGUUUGGAACAGCAACACACUCAACCAUGAUGACUUCAUCGGCAGUGGCAGGGUUCAUCUCCACAAGGUGCUCACACAAGGAUAUGAUGACUGCUCAUGGCCGCUUCAGACACGCCACAUGAGGUCUGCUGGGGAGGUGAAGCUCAUUAUGCACUUUGAUGUCUCAGCAAUGAAGAAGAAGAUGGGUAAAAGUGUCGCCACAUCAAGCAUGCAUUCUGUUCCUCCACCUCCAAUGCCAACACCGGCACCAGUACUAGCAUCAGCAGUUCCAUACACUGGUGCCCAACCUUCAUAUCCACCUGUUUCAGCAUAUCCUGCAGCAUCUACGCACCCAACUUAUCCAACUCCGAGCCAUUCACCAUACAAAAGUCCAGAAUAUGCACCACCUCCGCAGCAACUAUGCCCACCAAUGGGAUAUCCUGCUCCGUCGUACCCACCACAGCCAUAUGAGCAAGCAUACCCACCACAGCCAUAUGGCUACCCUGCACAGCAACCAUACCCACCCCCGCUGGCAGCACAGUCCCCCUAUCCACCUGCACCCUACCCUGGAACUUACCCACCAAGACCUUAUUGAUAUAGCAGCUUCGGUAACCUCAAGCAGAGGGAUCAAAAGCAACAAAUGAUAAUCCUGAUGCUAUAUGAUGUGUGCCUGCGUGUGGAUUUUUUUAGUUUCUGGUUAUUUGGUUAUUUUUCUAACAAAACAUAAAUACUAUCAACCGUCGCUGAGCUGUUGCAUGUUGAUCACAAGCCAAUUAAGGUCUGGAUGCCUCGUGAGAAAUAAAAAGGAAUAUGGACAAUUCACGCGCCUGAUGAUGAAGAAGCUUAGUUAAGUGAAGCAAAUGGAAAUUGGUUCCUUUGAAUCGUGUGAACAGCCCAGCGAUCAUCAGUAAUAUUUACCCUCUCUAAUAUGUACUAGCUUGUAGAAUGCCUUGACGAUGUCCAUUCUAUAUUCGUGCAGUUGUUUGCCAAAAUAGAGACCAGACCCACCUUUCUUCUGUCUUACGGGUCAAGUCUGACUGUUCUAUGGCUAUACAAUUGUAUGUAAUGGGGUGUUGGUAAUAACUGCAUGCAAAUGUGGUAGCUGCGAAGAUUGCAGCAACUCGUAGACUUGAAAUGUAAAUGUAGCUCUCGAUAAGUUUGCUUUGGUGAUGAACUCUUGACGUGUAUGCCCAGCAGGCACUUUUGUGGUCU